AUGGCCACCUCUGCCACCACGUCCUCCUCCCAGUCCGCCUCGCCUCGCCCGCCUUCCCCGAACGCGGACCGCCCCGAACGGUCUCGCAACGCAAAGGCCCAGGCCAGGCAUCGCGCUAAGCGCAAGGCGUACAUCGAACAGCUCGAGCAGACCGUCACCAAGCUGCAGACCGCACUCGCGCUCUCGCCAGACCAAGUCGCCGCCUUGCCGCCUCCGAGCGCCCGCAUCCGUCAACUCGAGCAUGAAAAUGCAGCACUACGCGCAGAGCUCGACGACGUCCGCAGACAACUGUCGCUCGUGUCCCAGUCUUCGGGUCGCUAUAUAGACGACUAUCCCAAGCUGGGCACCAAGCGCCGCCGCUCGUCACUCGAAGACGCUGGCUACAUUGUGCGACCAGCUUCCAUAGGCGACGGCAUGCCCCUCACCGCCCAGUACGCCUACCAGAGCCCCGACCAGACCCCGUCACCACCGACGACGGCUGCCUACGCUCGCGGAUCGUACACCCCUCCUCAAUCAUCUUCGUACACACCCUCUCCCGCACAAAACCAGUCCAGCCUAUUGGGCUACUCAUACUCGACACCCGCCGGCUUUGAAUCCGGUCCUACAAAUUCUUCACUCGGCCUACCAAGCCGCCUUUCUUUCCCGACCGGCCUCUACGACACGGCGACGUCCGUCAAGCUCGAGGACGAGUCUUAUCUCGCCCCAAGUCAGACGGGCAACCUUGGCUACGCAUUUGGCCAGACGGCCGAGCUCGGCGCCUGGCAUCCGAAUGCGCACGCCUACUCGGCGGACAGAACUCAGAUAACGCACUGA